CCUGGCACUCGGCAGUGCAAUCCUGUUUGCAAUUUCACUGCCAUCAGUGAAUGUGGUACAGCAUCAGCGCUUGAACCCAGCAGGCCCUUAAAGCCUGGGGGAGCAGGAUGAACAGACGCCAUGUCCUCAACUUUACCAUCAUGAUGACCCUCCUACCUUGCGCUAUCCUCUUAUCUGUUCCGUUUGUGUGCGCUUCACUCCCCAGUCUCAAUGAUACCAGUACCCAUGCACUCGAUGCUAGCAACUGUCCAUCCUGCAACACCAGAACCUUAUGGGAUAUUCUCUUGAGCUGUGGCUUAACUUUGUUUGCGUGCACAUGGACUGCCAUCCAUCCGAACAUCCCGGGUAUGGACGAGGGCAAAGUGGCUAUUACCUCCCGUCGUCUAUUCAUCAUGGUUAUAGCGUUGAUCGCCCCAGAACUCAUGAUCACGUGGGCCACGCGGCAGUUUUUCAGCGCUCGUGAUGUUGCAAAGGACUUUAAUGCCAGUGCGCAUCAAGAAUUCAUAAUUUUACCUUACGCGACCUACGACGAUGAUAGAACUAUAUCUACGACGCAGUCUUUCAUCCCUCGUGAAACUUCAGAGGACUUUAAUGAUGCGUUUAGUGCACAAAGUGCCACGACCCACGGCGAUGAUCGAGAUAUAUCAAAGAGCCCAGCCACUUUAGUCAGUGACGUUUCAGAAGCAAGUAGAAGUUCAGGCGUCCCUAGAUAUGCAGAGUUUAAACGAUGGACAAUAACCCAUGGGUUCUUCGCAUGGAUGGGUGGAUUUAUGCUCUACGUCAAUGGCGAGCCGCGAGCUACCCUUACUCCCGAUAAACUCCUGAAGCUCGUCUGUAAGGGAUUUGUGGACUUUCCUGCCAUCACAAAGGCAGAGAUAGAAGAUCGAAGUAAGGGUGAUGGACUGUCCAAAGGCAUCGCCGUUCUUCAGUUGGUGUGGUUCGUCGCCCAGCUUGUUGCCCGUUACAUCCAGAGCCUUCCGAUAACCCUACUUGAAAUUGACACCUUGGCCGUAGCUGCCCUUACCUGCAUUUCUUAUGCUUUGUGGUGGAAGAAACCUAAGGAUGUAGGAUGUCCUUAUGUUGUUCAUCUGAAAGCAGCCACGGCUCUGCCAGGCCAGUUAGCCUAUGGAGACUUUCUUGAUGAUGAUUCCUCAACCAUCGACAUAAGCCGUCCCUCUGAGUCAUACUAUAGGCGGAUUAGGAGACGUAUUGCCUAUCCCUUUUUGUGUCUUAUGGGCAUUAUGGCAACACCUUCCCACCGUGCUAUCCGUUCUCGUCGUGUUCCGUCUCUAGGUGGCUACCGUGACGGUUUUGGACACUACAGCGGUUCGAGGGGGCUACUGACUAGGUAUCGUGAUGGUGAGAUCAUACUUCUCAUUGGAUGUUUCGGUGGUGUGGUGUUCGGAGGGAUACACUGUCUCGGUUGGAAUUACUUUUUUCACAGCCACGCAGAGCACAUAUUAUGGCGCGCAACCUCCCUUGUGCUGAUAUGUGUACCGGUGUUUUUUUUGCUGAAUACCCUGGCAUUCAUGCAUCGCGGGAAGUUUUGGUUAGUAAUAUUUGGUUUUUCUUCUGCACAAAUAGUCUCUCUCAUAUAUAUCAUGGCACGUGUUACGUUAAUUGUACUCAUACUUCUGAGCUUACAAUCACCACCUACUGGCAUAUACGAUACAGUAGCUUGGACCGGGUUCAUCCCACAUUUGUAGUUUCAUUACAUGAUUGAUGUAACUGGGCAUGAUAACCUACUUGAUGGAUCGCUGUU